AUGUCUCCAUCGGCAACUGGGUAUACUAUGCAGACACCGUCACCAAUAAUCACCAUAUCAAAGAGCAGCUCACCGGAGCUGGAUCCUGCUCCAGCAUUCGAGCCGAAUCAGGUCGUGCAGGACAGGGAUGCCUCGUUUGCUGCUCUUGAAGGGUCAGCGCCAUCAGCACCGUCGAAAGAGGAAAACCGGAAAGACAGCGAGACGCUCCCCAGAGACGAUGACCGAGGCCUAGGCAUAGCUUUCGACUUUGGUCUGGACCAGGUUCCAACCACUGGCCCAACGACUGCCACUGAACAGACGCAAUCACACAGACAGUCUAAUAAGGUAGAUGCUGUUGAGAACAUGCGGCGAAUUUCAGUGGACUCUGCCUCUUCAUAUGGUUCGAUCGGAUUCACGGACAGGACGUUCAGCUCUCGAUCGAGCCCGCCUCCGCCAGAUGAGACCACACGCAAACGACUAGAGCCCACGACGCAACUUGCUCUCGAAGACAACUCACAUAUCGCACCACCUCCACCUCAGCCUCGAGCGGACGAGUCCAUGGCAGAGUCGCCCACGGUUCCAUUCGAUACGGAUGGUCAUCUAACUGCAUACCUGGCCAAGAACGAUCCUGCAGCUGUUGUGACCGCCUCAAUUGAUACGUCAGUCGUGUCACCUCCACCUCAAGACCGCAGAGUGUCCAGCUCUUCAUCCGUUUUCUCGGAUUCAAAUGAUGUUGACAUGGUGCCGAUGCAAGGGUUUCGUCCCCGCAAAGACUCACUGGCUGGUGCUCCGCCACCUCUCUUUCACAAGUCCACCUUACCCGCUCGCACAAGCUCAAGGCCUGCUGUUGGCGAGAGCAAGAGCACCCAGUCUUCGAUGGAAAUGCCACUGCCAACGCAUUCACCUCGACAGGAUUCUUUGUCCAGUGUCAGUAGUCGAAAUGCUUCCAAGGGUACGUGUCGAGGUUGCUCGCAGCCAAUCCUUGGCAUGCAGAAAUCGGUGUCCAGCGCAGACGGCCGGCUCAGCGGCAAAUAUCACAAGGAAUGCUUUGUGUGCCAUACCUGCAAGGAGGCCUUCGCCACAGCGGAGUUCUACGUCCAUGCAGAUCAGCCAUACUGCGCUCAUCAUUACCAUAAGUUGGAGGACUCUUUGUGCGCAACCUGCGGCAAAGGAAUCGAAGGCUUGUAUAUGGAGACAGCCAACGUGGCAGGCCGCGGAAAGGAGAAACACCAUCCAGCGUGUCUCAAAUGCACGACAUGCCGCGUCCAGUUGACGGAUGACUACUUUGAGCUGUCUGGAAAAGUGUACUGCGAAAGAGAUGCAUUCCGUCUGGCAAAGCAUCCGCGGGUGCACAGCAGGGGACCAGCGCGACCAAGUCCACUUGUCCGUGAAUACAUUCGCUCUGGUACGGACGCGAUCAAUGGCAGCAACUUCCCAGAGCGACGACUCAAUCGACCAAUCUUGCAGGCACGAUAG